AUGUGGAGCUGCACGCUGCCACAAGACUCGAGCCGAGCUGCGCUUGACCCGUGCAGCAAGGAUGCUUCACCAGGUUAUCGAGCCGAUUUUGUGUCAGCUAUGGCAGGCACGGAUGCUGGAUUGCGUCAACGUGUGCGCGUCCAUUCGGACCGAAAAGAAGUUCUCGGAGAUCUAAGAGAUGAUGCGGAGAUUCAAUUAAAGCGGUUUAUCGAGACCAAUGGCCACUUUAGCCUCGUUCGGAACUUUCACUUAGCGGAUGCAUUCACGCUUAUGAAUGGAUUUUGCGGAGCGCAGUCUUUGUAUAUGUCAGGUCGAUUCCUUGCGACAUCUAAUCCUCGUUAUAUGUGGUAUGCACUAUGGUUCCCCUUUUUCGGUGCUAUUUUCGAUUUCCUAGACGGUAAAAUCGCUCGGUGGCGCCAGUCAAGCAGUAUGCUCGGACAGGAACUUGAUUCACUUGCUGAUCUUGUGUCUUUUGGCGUUGCUCCCUCCGUGGCUGUCUUUGCGAUGGGUCUACGUGAACCACUUGACACUUUGAUCCUCACUGUAUUUGUGUGCGCGGGCAUUGCACGGCUCGCACGUUUUAAUAUUUCAGCUGCAAACAUACCGAAAGAUUCACAUGGGAAAACGCGUUAUUUUGAAGGGCUACCCAUCCCUUCAAGCUUGGCACUUGUAGGCGUGCUGGCUCUCUGUCUAUUGCUUGGCCGCUUCGAUGUAGCUGACGGAGCUUGGUCACCGAGCAUGGUAAAAGAGUCGCUUCCAUUCACAGGAACAUGGCAUGGUUGGAUUCCUGGCAAUGGCUUACCGCUUGGCACCUGUUCACUUGAUUUCUCCCACGCGCUAUAUUCGCUUCUUGUGACGGGAGGAGUGUUGCCUCAAUACGUGUUGCCUACUACACUCGCUGGCUGGGCGAAUGAAUUUGGGGUAAUUUCGAUACAUACAUUUUCAUUUGUUUGGCUCGUUUGGUCUAUGGCCAUGGUGAGCAAGACCCUUCGAGUGCCGAAGCCCUAG